GUUCCAGUUCGAGUUGUGUUCAGUACGACGGCAGCGUGCAACGUGCACAGUUUGGCAACGCAGAGAGGCAAAACUCACUUUGAGCAAAUAGCAAAUCAAGUGGUUGAAUAUUGAAACAGUUUCAUUUAGUGACAGUGUUUUUAAUUGAAAACCAAACAAUCCGAUCGACCUCAGUCGUCGCGUGUUUAAAUUGAGAACUGUUUACAUUGGUGAACUUAAUUAGUGUUCCGUAAAGAAAUUUAGGAAUAAAUAAAUCAGCAGCUUCUCAGAUAGCCUGCAACGGAUUUUCAAAUAAGUGGUAAAGCAUUAAUAUAGAGCAAAGGUAGCAGCAGCAGCAGCCACAAUAGCAACAACAAGCACAGCAAAUAAGGCACGCACACAUCUCGACUGCCAGACCUCUGCCCUCACGCACUUCAUCAUCGCGCAGCACCGUGCACCCAUACACCCAGCAAAGCACACACGCCCGAGCACGCGAGCACUUUAUUGAGCACACAAUGCGAAGUUGCCAUUUAAUUGCGCUGUCGAUUGGUGUUUGUGUGGCAGCACUGGCGCUAAUACCAGCCACCGUGUGCGCCACGACAGAGGUGCAGGAGACGCCAUUGGCGUUGCCCGUCGCCGAACAGACACAGCCGACCACGGCUACACCGGGCGAAAUUUGGGAGGAAGACGAUCAUGAGAUUUUGAUACGUAACGAACGCGGCACAAAGAGCGAUGGUCUCUCCUGUCGUUAUGGCAAAAAUCCAUGGACUGAAUGCGACCAGAAAACCAACACACGCUCACGAACGUUGACAUUGAAGAAGGGCGAUCCGGCAUGCGAUCAAACGCGAACCAUACAAAAGAAAUGCAAAAAAGCCUGCCGAUAUGAGAAGGGUUCCUGGUCUGAGUGUGCCACCGGUCAAAUGACACGCGCUGACAAAUUAAAGGCGACCAGCGAUCCAUCGUGCGAAGCAACACGUGUCAUCAAGAAGAAUUGCAAACCCGGCAAGUCCAAGGAUAAGAGCGCCAAGGAGCAGCGUAAGAAUAAGGAUAAAGGUGUACGCAAAGCACGCGCCUAAUUCCCCAACAACACACUAACAACCCAGCGAACUGUUUCAAUUUGAAUUCAGAAACAAAAGCAAAAACAACAACUGAUUUCGUUGAAACAUUAUGCAAAACACAUAUAAAAACGCAUGCAACAACGCCACAAACACAAACAACAACAAAAACCAAAAUGAAUGCACAAAAGCGCAGGUUGAAGAGGAAGAGAGCAGUUCAUUUUUAGAAUCAAACGGCAACAAAAACACUACUAACUGACAGAUUUCAUACAAAGAAUCACAACAACAACAACACAACCAACUGACAAACUAUAUACAAAGCACAAGAACGACAACAAAAACUGAACUAAUUGACAGAUUUCAUACAAAGAGCCACUACAACAACUACAUAUACAACAAAACCAAGAAGUAAAACGAAUAAUAGAUAACAGUAAAAGCGAUAAACCAAGAGAUGAAAAGAAAAGCAAAAAA